GGUCACUCGAUGGUACAAGUGGGGCACGGAGACGGAGGAACACCAGCAAACUUCAAGCGGCGUUCGCGCAGUCAGGUGUGGGAGUACUUCGAGCGCGUGACCCCGAUCGACGCGCGCUGCCUCGUUUGCCAGCGCGUCUUUCGCCAGGGCGUCACCGGCAACACGACCAACCUGCGCGUGCACCUGCGCUCUCACGACGUGCACGUGCGCGCGGUGACGCCGGGCGCGCUGGGCGGCCGGGCGGGCCCGCUGCGGGGUCUGGUGGCGGGCGCGCUGCCCCCGCGCCAUCCGCCGCCGCCGCCGAGCCGCCACAUCCAGAUCCACACCGAGGACGGCUCCGUGGUCGACAUCAGCCAGCAGAGCCUCGAUCAGGAGGCGGGGGCGCCCUGCGACGUCUGAAAGUGGCGACGGUGAGGCCGCUGAGGGGUCGGCCGAUGGCGUGGACACGUGCUGUGCCGUCGCGCCCGGGCGGCAGACCGCACUCUGCUAUAUCACGGGAGCGGGUGUUGGACUGGUACGGGGUGAGGUGUGUGCGGGCUCCGGCGAAACCCCGGUCGGACGACACACGUGCACGGUAUUCCGACCCGUGAGCCGUGAUUGGAGCGCUGUUGAGCCUGUAAGGGUGACUUGGCGGCUCGUGUUGAAGCUGACACUACGCGUACCUCGCGCUACAACCGUGGCCCAAUGCGCGCUCAUUACAGACGAGAGCUUAACGAUGGUGUGUGCGUGUGUGUGUCCACAUGUACCAAUCUUCAGCAGGCUCUGUCGACUUGGCAUGCUGUUAUGACUGCUAUAGGCUUAAGUACCCUUGGAAUGGCUGGCGCGUCUCGUUUCAUUUCCGUUAGAAAUGCCAUUCCGUCUAAUUCACUGUUGGCUGAAAUGGCUCAGAUUGUGCAGCCAGAGUCGGGCCGGGCCAUUGGCGCCCGCGCCCGGCUCAGGCCAGCCCGCUGCGCAACCGGUGCGUGCCGCGCCCUGCAUGGGCCAACGCGCGUUCUGUGAGCGGGCGUCGCGUCCGUCCACGCUCCCUGCUCCAGGCGGCCAGUGCCACUCCGUCGGCCAUUGACGCGAGCG